AUGGCAUAUACCGUCGCUUCCACGGCGUCAAUGAGCACAUAUGGCUGGGAUUCCACUCCAACUCUCUCACCACAUUACUACAGUCUAUCUCAGCAGCCAUCACCUCAACCAUCACCGCAGCCACAUCUACAGCUACAAUUACAACAAGACCAAACCGACGAAGAAACAAUCAGCACAUUCUGGCGAUUCCUAGCCUCAAGUUCCUCCUACCUCGUGCUAGCAGGACCAAACACAACAACCUCCCUCCUCUCCCUCCUCAACAUCCUCCUCAACAUCCUCUGCCGCAACCCAACCCAAUCGCCCGGCCCAUUAUCCCCAGUGCAAACAACCAGCCUCGUGCUACCUAGUGUCUUCGCAUUCCUGUAUGCUCUGGGCGCGUUAUCCAUUUACGCAGGUGAAAUGUGCAUCUUCACCACUACCACCACUGCUGGUGGUGGUGGUGGUGGUGAUAAUAGAGGCCGCCAACGGAAUAAUAAGAAAAAGGGCAAGAAUAAUCAACUACUACCACUAACGGAGGAGGAAAUGCAACGGCAGCAGCUGCAGCGAUUGCUGGAUCAGAAGAAUUCGAGUCCUAGACGGGGGCCUAGUCCGAGGGUCGUGCAGAAGACGUUUCGCGUUAGUGCGCCGGAGAGGAUAAAUCCUGGGAAGGGGUGGGAUACGUUUACGCCGGAUUUGAGGGUUGAUGGGAGUGGGAAUGGAAGUGAGCAUGGGGGUGGGAGUGGGAGUGGGAGUGGGAGGUGGGUGUGA